AUGGCCUUAAGCCCUGAGCUGGCGGAGAUCUGUUGGGUGACCCACCGCGGGAGUUUCUGCCCGCGGUACGGAGACGACCCCCGCAGGACGCACUGCUGUCUGGUCGGGGACAAGGUGGAGUGCUGCCUGCCGUCCUCCAACACAACCUCCGCUGGGCACCUCAACGGCUUCGUCUACAUGAACCUCAAAGCCAUAGACAUCCACAUGUUGGUGCUAGUCGGCUGGUGUCUCUCUCUCAUCAUCAUCAUCAUUGUGGUUCUGGUCAUCUGCAUCUGCCGGGGCCGCUGUACAUGCCACAGGAAGCCGGGGCCGCAGCAGCGCACGGGGGCGGGGAAGGCUGCCUCACACCCCGCCCAGGGUCCGGGACAGUCCCCUGACAUCGCAGACCGCCGCCGUCUGCUGUCUGUCACCAACUGGUUAGGUACCUCGGAUAGCGCCAGGCCAAGUCUAACGCCCUCUAACGCUACCGACAUUGAGAUGUAUGACUGCUAGUAUUACCACGCAUGGGAAGGCUAGUUCACCUUUAUCCGCAGGGUGACCUAUAUCCGCUGUAUUUAAAAUCAAGGUACCAGCAUUAAGUGAUUGCAAGUCAACGUACGGUGGUUUCAAACUGCGAUAUUUUGAAAGUAUCAAAAUUUGAAACCACCGUCAGUCGACUUUAUAUCACUACGCCGUUUUUCCAUACAAUGGAUAUUAAGUACCUGUGGACAAAGGAGAACUGAUGUUACAUCAGUGUCCGGUACGUCUGUUGAUAUAUGUUUCCAUGUGGGUAAAUUUAGACAGAACUGAGUCAGCUUACACUUUUGUUACAGAUCGAUGUAUACAUAUAUGUGUCUUAUGUGACAGAGACCGACGGAGAAACAAAACCUUGUAACUUCAUCUUUAUGCAAACCCAAGCUUUAUUUGACAACAGUAUGAUAGGGCUAAUCAACGAAAGGGUUUACACGUAGAUGCAUAUCAGUAAGUAGCAAAUGCCAGAAAAAGGAACAUUCGUCUUGAUCAUGUUGUGAUAACGACGCUGAACACAGGUGUUCAAAAACUCCAGUUAUUUAGUCUGGUAUUUUCUCAGUGAUCCAGCUACAACUUUGUUUUUGACGAUAAACCCUCAGUUGGAAGGGUUUGAAUUUAAGAUAACUUAAGCUGAGAAAACAAUUGAAACUGUGGAUGUGGAAUUUAAAUCUUACACACUGGUUUCUAAUACCCCCCUCACAUUAGGCGCGAUUCGAUCGAACGACGAAUCUGCGAGCUCUAAAUUACGAG